AUAGUUAUAUUGGUUGUUUGUCCCUGUUUACACAAGCUUAUCUGCUUUCAUUGUGGUUCUGUGAGAUAAACCAACCGGUUCUAACUGGUUUAUCAUGAUAGCUGAUUUGCUGACUGUGUUUAUUGACCCCACAGGGAAAGUCUUACCCGUUCAAAGGUUCCUUCCCUCCCAUGUGGAACCCCAUCGUCUACAUGGACUUUAAUAACCUCUUCAGGACCAUGGACCAGAUGGGCAUGGAGAUCCCCAGAGAGGCACCAUGGAGAGCGCCUCACGCCGUGGAGUGGGACAACAUGACCAUGCAGCAGCUGUUCGACAAAAUCUGCUGGACCAGCGCUGUUCGCCGCUUUGCCACCCUGUUUGUCAACGUGAACGUGACGUCUGAACCCCAUGAGGUCUCAGCCCUCUGGUUCCUGUGGUACGUGAAGCAGUGCGGAGGAACCAUGAGGAUCUUCUCCACCACCAACGGGGGGCAGGAGAGGAAGUUUGCAGGCGGCUCGGGUCAGAUCAGCGAGUGCAUGGCCAAAGAGCUGGGUGAAAGAGUGAAGCUGCAGUCACCGGUCUACAGGAUCGACCAGAGCGGAGACAUGGUGGAGGUGGAGACGUUGAACAAGGAGACCUACACGGUGAGAGGAACCUUAGAACCACAGCGGGAACCAGAAGGACCGUUCCACCGUUCUAAACUCAGCGGUGAACUGAUCUUCUCCGCCCACACCGGCCUGCAGCCCUGCAAAAGUGAAGCUGAAGGAUUGAUGUGGUGUUUUCUGUCCUCCAGGGUUCUGAGGGAGCCUGUCGGCAGGCUGUACUUUGCAGGAACGGAGACGGCGUCAGAGUGGAGCGGCUACAUGGAGGGGGCGGUGCAGGCUGGGGAGCGGGCAGCCAGAGAGGUCUUGUGUGCAAUGGGUAAAAUCCACCAGAGUCAGAUCCACCAGCCGGAGCCGGAGAGCCAGGAAGUUCCUGCUCUGCCGUUCGUCACCAGUUUCUGGGAGAGGAAUUUGCCGUCGGUCGGCGGUUUCCUAAAGUUGGUGGGCGUCUCCACCGUGCUGUCUGCUGCUGCCGCGGCAGGCCUGGUGGCCUACAAGAAGGGCCUCCUCCCCAGGAGUUAAACUACCUACACCAGCCUCCUCCCUGGUCUGCAACUCAAAGGGUCACACCUCCAUAGAAACCUCUGCUAUGUCUUUAUCUGUGUUCUUUGUUUGGGGGGGUCUGAAAGAUGGACUCUUCAAACCUGCAGAAACCGUGAUCCACCUGUGGGUCUGUAGUCUUAGGGAUGAGAAGGUCUGACUGUUAAUCAGAACUUCAUCUGUAAACCACAUAAUUAAACAAAUGAAGGAAAAAACUAUCUGAAAUCUGAACACUAAAAAAUCAAUAAUCUCAUCAAUGAUAUUCAUGUUCUCUAUGACAUCAUAAGAAGUUCCGCCCUGCUGGGUUAGAGCGCCCUCUGUCUGUGGACACCAUCUGCUGCUCACGCCUUUCUGUUAAAGUGGGUGUAGAUAUUUCUGUGUUUCUAUCGUCUCUAAUUACCUCUGCUGAUCUUAGGUGCUGCUUUAUUCUGACCUCGCUUGUUUAACGACCAAUCCAGUGAAGUUCAGAGGGUGCGGAGGCGGGCUCUAUAUAAAGGACAAUCGAGAACCAGGCUGUGAUUCGUCAUUUCCUGACCUAAAUGUCCCGUUUAAAGAUGCAGCUCUGUGAUGUAUGUAGCGUCUAUUUCCGCCAUUCUAAGUGGCUACCUGGCUGCUGGUGCAGACCGGCCAUGAGCAUUUACAACCCUGAUAUCCACAGGUGUGAUAUCCACAGGUGUGAUAUCCACAGGUGUGAUGUCCACAGGUGUUCCACAGGUGUGAUAUCCACAGGUGUGAUGUCCACAGGUGUUCCACAGGUGUGAUAUCCACAGGUGUUCCAUAGGUGUGAUAUCCACAGGUGUGAUAUCCACAGGUGUGAUAUCCACAGGUGUGAUGUCCACAGGUGUUCCACAGGUGUGAUAUCCACAGGUGUGAUGUCCACAGGUGUUCCACAGGUGUGAUAUCCACAGGUGUGAUAUCCACAGGUGUGAUGUCCACAGGUGUGAUAUCCACAGGUGUGAUGUCCACAGGUGUUCCACAGGCGUGAUAUCCACAGGUGUGAUAUCCACAGGUGUUCCACAGGUGUGAUAUCCACAGGUGUUCCACAGGUGUGAUAUCCACAGGUCUUUAAUUCAGUGUUUUCAUGUUUUUUGGUGAAUGUCUCAGAAAAUCAAUGUAAUGAAAGAGAAAAUGCUUUGUGGUCUAAAUGAAACUAAGAAAGCUGUAUUGAAUAUGUUUGUUUUCAUCCGUUGCUAUAGUGAUAACUAUGAAGGCUGAGGCUGGGGGGGUCAGCAGGUCGUCAUGGUGAGUUCUGGUGCAUAUCUUCAGCUGGGUUCACCUUAGAUGUUCCGGUUGAAGUCCUGUUCAGAUCUGCCAUUCACACAGAAAUAGCUAGCCCAAAACAGGUGGCUAAUUAGCUUUAGCAAUCUGCAGCUAAUUAACUGUAGCUAGCUUUACCCCAGAGGUACAGCUAGAUGGUGUUAGUUGGCGGUAAUCAGCUGAAGGUAAUAAAAUGUAGCCCCCACACCAGACUCAUUUAGACGUUGGUUUUUAAGACCAUCAUAGCUUUGAUUUAGUCCAGAAAUACUCAUUAAAAACUGGGCUGCGUUUGGUCCGUCUGAUUUCAUUUAACUUUAGUCCAAUAAUAGAAGUUUUCAACGUAUUUUCCACAAUCUGAAAAUCACGGCUUUUCACCUUUCACUUUUUAACUAAAUGUAAACGUCGUUUGGAUGAAAAUCAUGUCGUGUUUUCAACCAUUUUUUGCUCGGUGGGCAAAGCUAGCUGUGAAUUGGGAGCUGUACCUAGCUAAACGGGCUAGCUGAGGCAGAUAACGGCCAAGAAAGGGAAUGUUAGCUUCAUUUAAUUAGCUGUCGUCAGCUAAGGACAUUCAUCUAUAAGAAAUAAUUUCCUCAAGAUGCCAAAAACAUUAAAGACGUUUAUUUUUGCCAGAACUUUUUAUAGUUCUAGAGGAAGCAUUGCCACUUUCCUUACCAUGCUAACUUUAGUUUUUUUGGGACUGGUAGCCCAGCGGAGGUUCUGGCCAGAUGAAACGUCACAGUGGGAGCAGUCCUGGAGGAGCUGCUGGGAAACAAUGAUGGAUGAUCUCCACAGUCUGAGAGUCCUGGUUCUUUUAACUGGCCUGAACUGGCCCACUGACCAACCGUAGAGCUAGCUGUCGCUAAUUGCUGUAGCUAAUUAGCUGCGGCUUAGUGCUAUAGCACUAUUCCCUAAACACUGUGAUUGGAUCCAGCCAAUGAUUAGACUCAGAAAUGUGUCUUUAUCUUAAGUUAAUUUUAGAAUAAACCAAAACAUUAGAUGGAGGUUUAUUUCAUCUUAAUUUAAAUCUGUCUGCCAGUAAAAAAGUGUAAGUAGAUUGGAUCUUUAUUUUCAUUCUAAUUUUCACUAUAGGCGAUUAAAUGAGAGAUGUGUAAAUGUUGCAGAUCCUCAGCAGGAAACUUCAAAUUUACAUAAUUGAAUCCCUAAAAAUGUUCCAAUUAAGAGCUUUCAUUGUUUUAAAACUGAAUUAAAUCAUGUAUUUUCUAAGAACCUGUGUCUGCCAUGUUGGCCUGUUUUCGUCCCAAAGACCGGUGUUUGUGUCGUCGUAUCUGUUGUGCCUUAUCGGAAGUCUUUGUGUUUUGUCCCUUUUCUCAAGUGCCUGUGUAACUCUGACUGUUCGUGCUUCAAGGUGUCUAAAUGGGUUUUACCAAACAUUCGCUUUUGAAAUGUCCUCCUUAUUACCCGAGUUAUAUCCUCGUUUGAAACUUGACUCAGGUAAAUCCAGGUGUAUACAGCAGCGCUCUGACUGCUGCAGUGGUCUAACUCCUGUCCAGUCGCUGUGUGCUCGUAUUGUGGCUGCGGUGCUUAACGACGUCUCCCAUGUGGUAAAGUCUCUGUCUCCCUGGUUGCCUGAUUUCAUCCGGUCUAUUAUUAUCCAACACUGGCACAAGUUUUCCUCACACAGAAAGGUGAAAGUCAGGACCAGUCGCUGACAUUUGAAUUCAUGUUGUUUAAACUACAGCUUUCACCAAAACUCCUAACCUACAUUCUGUUAUUGUUGAUUGUUUUUUUUUUUAACUGGUUGUUUUUCUUCUUCUUCUGCCCACAAACUUCUCCCAAAUUAUAACUGUAACCUGUUCUGUGAUGACUUCAAUUCCUCAAACAAGCUGAUGAUAUUCAAAAUGUGAAAUAAAUCCUUAAUU